GAGAGUUUUGUUUUGAAGGAGAAUGGCAACUGGGGAUCUAGAAAGAGGUAACGGGAAGAACAGGGGAAAUAGCUAUAACCGAUCAUCUUCUUCCUACUCCCUGGAGAAUGACGAAAAACAAUGGACUUCAUGGCUUGUACCGAUGUUUUUGGUGGCUAAUGUCGAUGUGUUUGUUGUGGUGAUGUAUAUUAAUAAUUGUCCUAAUAACAAUCCGAGAUUGGAAGGCAGAUGUGUCGCUAGGUUCCUCGGCAGGCUUUCUUUUCAGCCUACAAGGGAAAAUCCUCUCUUCGGUCCUUCUUCUAAUACAUUGGAAAAAUUGGGAGCACUGGAGUGGUACAAGGUAGUGCAUGGAAACCAAGGAUGGAGGCUUAUCACUUGCGUCUGGCUGCAUGCAGGAGUUAUUCAUCUGCUUGCAAACAUGUUGAGCUUGAUCUUUAUUGGAAUACGCCUUGAACAACAAUUUGGAUUCAUAUGCGUUGGACUUAUCUAUCUGUUGUUUGGUCUUGGUGGGAGCAUACUAUCGGCUCUUUUCAUUCAGCGUAAUAUUUCUGUCGGUGCAUCUGGUGCUUUAUUUGGCCUACUUGGGGCGAUGUUAUCUGAGCUGCUGACUAACUGGACUAUCUAUACAAAUAAGGCUGCAGCGCUUAUCACACUCGUGGUCAUCAUUGCCAUUAACUUAGCAAUAGGGAUUCUUCCUCAUGUCGACAACUUUGCACAUAUUGGAGGUUUCUUGUCUGGUUUUCUCCUCGGGUUUGUUUUGCUGCUUCGUCCCCAGUUCGGGUGGGUGGGACUUAAGAAUCUUCCUGCCGGUGCUCCCGUAAAAUCCAAGCACAUGGCAUACCAAUAUGUGUUCUGGGUGAUUGGUGUGGUUUUACUCAUUGUCGGUUUCAGUGUGGGGUUAGUAAUGCUGUUUAGAGGGGAGAAUGGAAACGACCACUGCAGCUGGUGCCAUUACCUGAGCUGUGUUCCGACAUCCAAAUGGCAAUGUGGAAACUGAUGAUAUACCAUUCAUUACCACUAGCU